AUGAAGGUCGCUUUCGCAUCGCUACUCUCAUUCUCGUUCCUGAUAACGCGGAGCUUGGGUAGAGAUGUUUUCCCAGAUCUCUACGAGGCAUCUGUGUCGGAGCUGCAGGAGGGUUUGGAUGAAGGACUUUUCACUAGCGUUGAUCUUAUCAAGGCAUAUUUUGCGCGAAUCGAUGAAGUCAACCUCCAAGGGCCUGAGCUUCGUGCUGUGAUUGAAACGAACCCGUCGGCAUUGGUGCAGGCAGCGGAAAUGGACGCUGAAAGAGAACUAUACGGGAAAAGAGGCGUAUUACAUGGCAUUCCUAUUCUACUGAAGGACAAUAUUGCCACCGUUGCUUCCGAAGGAAUGAAUACUACAGCGGGUUCGUUCAGUCUUCUGGAUUCCAUCGUCCCCGACGAUGCUGGCAUAGUCAAAAGACUUCGCAAAGCAGGUGCCAUAAUCCUUGGCAAAGCCAACCUCUCUGAGUUUGCCCAUUUCCGCGGAAAUCUCGCGUCAGGCUGGUCCGGUCGCGGCGGACAAGCCAAGGGUGCAUACUUUCCUGGUGCAGAUCCGUGUGGAUCGUCGUCAGGAUCCGGAAUAGCAGCGUCGAUUGGCCUGGCGGCAGUGACGCUUGGCACCGAGACGGACGGGAGCAUUACCUGCCCAUCGAGCCAGAACAACGUUGUGGGCAUUAAGCCGACAGUGGGCUUGACAUCGAGGGCUGAAGUAAUACCUAUUUCAUCCCACCAGGACACCGUUGGACCCAUAACGCGUUCAGUAGCAGACGCAGCCGUCGUGCUAUCUAUCAUUGCAGGCAAGGAUCCUAACGAUAAUUUUACCUUGGCGCAGCCAUCUGUCGUCCCAGACUAUACCCAAGCACUAAGAAAAGACGCCCUCGUUGGCAAGCGGAUUGGUAUUCCCAGAAAGGUCUUCCUCGACGGACUGGAUCAACCGGUCUUGGACACAUUUGAAGCUGCUCUCGAAACAAUCAAGCUGCUGGGGGCAACUGUGGUGGAUCCUGCUGAUAUUCCUUCAGCAGAGGAGAUUGUGACAUCUAACAAUGAGACCAUUGUAUUAGACGUAGAUUUCAAGAUCGAGCUGAAUAGGUAUUUUUCCGGCCUUAUCAAGAAUCCUUCUGGAGUGCGCAGUCUUGCGGACCUGAUCAAAUUCAACAAUGAUCAUCCUGACCUAGAGGAACCAGUGAAUUAUACCGAUCAGUCUACGCAAGUUUUGAUUGAAUCCGAGGCCACUACCGGGUUUGACAACGCAUAUUUCGACGCUCUAUCUAUCGACCGAGAGCUUGGCGGAAGUAUGGGCAUUGAUGCUGCGGUGAAAGCAUUUGACCUGGACGCGCUGGCUCUUCCCUCUCAAGGAUUCACGUCGAGCAUUGCAGCUAUCGUUGGAUACCCGAUUGUGACUGUCCCCUUGGGGUUUUAUCCUGACAACUUCGCCAUCGGAAUUGCUGGUCCUGAGACCGUGUAUCCGGCACCUGGAGUCCCAUUUGGAUUGUCUUUCUUUGCUUCAGCAUUUUCCGAGUUCGAUCUCAUUGGUUACGCUUUUGCGUACGAGCAGCAGAGUCAAACGAGGCUUAUGAGAAAAGCAUUCCCGGAAGCGAUUCCGUCUACACAGCUCCAGGACAUUGUAGAGAACCGUGUUCCGACCCAUGUCUUCAAGGGUCUAGCCUAA